AUGUUUAGUACGCUUCGAAGAUUUAAUUGCGUAGUUUGGAUUUUUGUGAUCGCAGUUCUUGGGUUUUUGACCGUGGUUUACAUCAAUGAAACGAAGAAGGCUUUGAGCGAACAAAACGUUGUCGAUGAUCUUCCAAAGAAAGGGCAUGCGUCUCACUCGAAUGCUCGACUUGAAGAAAAACGAUCUGAGAAAAAUCCAGAAGUUGACAAGCCAAAGCCCGGAGUAAUAGAACCUCUACGAAAAGCGGAAAAAUCCGACAAAUUGACAUAUUCGCCGAUGCAGGGUGCGGGGGGUUCUGAGCAGAUUUUCCGUGAGAAAAUCGUGCAUCUCGAUCUCAAAGGCGGCCCUCCGAAGGUCGCCUACAUCAAGGAAUUUUUCAAAUUAAUCCGAGCUUUCGGAGCAACCGGAGUCUUGAUCGAGUACGAAGAUACUUUCCCGUAUUCUCUCAUAUCAUCCAAUUCUUCUAUUCGUUACUCUCUGAAAGAAAUCCGAGAAAUUCUGGACUCAGCCUCGGAGCACGGACUCCAAGUAAUCCCACUUCUCCAGACUUUCGGCCAUUUGGAAUUUAUGCUGAAAAGACGAGAGUUCGAAGAUUUGAGAGAGAAUGUUUCUAUUCCACAAGCGAUUUGUCCGUUGAAGACUCGGGCUGUGAUGACAGUGAAAUCAAUGAUUGACGAGGUCAUGGAAGUUCAUAAGCAUUACAAUGUCUCUCGGCUUCAUUUAGGCAUGGACGAGGUUUACCUCCUUGGAACAUGUUCGAAAUGUCGAGAACGGAACGUGCAUGACCUUUUUUUGGACCAUGUUUCAACUAUUGUGGAUCAUGUGGAGGAAAAGUAUCCCGGCGUGAAGAGUUUGAUUUGGGACGACAUGCUGAGAAAAAUGUUGAGAGAAUCGGGAAAUUCUUUCUCUGUCCCUGCGAAAGCGCUGAAAAAACUGCGGAAAAGGGUCGAGCCGGUUGUUUGGUGGUACAGGAAGCUUCCCGAAACCCUCAAAAGCCAGGACACGUUUUUCAAAAUGAGCCAGUAUUUCGGUUCAGUUUGGGCAGCAGGUGCGUUCAAGGGUGCCGAUGGGUCCACCGUUUUGUUGCCCAAAAUUGGAAACAGGCUGCAGAAUCUGGUUCAGUGGUUGGACAAUGGAUUGAAUCAAGGAGCCCUGUUGGGGCAAGGGGGUUUCGAAGGGAUCGUAUUGACUGGUUGGUCGCGCUAUGAUCACUUUUCUGUCUUGUGCGAGUUGCUGCCUGCUGGAAUGCCGUCGUUGAUUCUCAGUCUGGCUGUUCUGAAUUCCUUGAAUUCCAGACGCAGUUACAGAAACUCCCUGGAGCCGAAGCAUUUGCAAGAAUCUGUGGUUGAACAAAUCACCCGUAAACUCGAAUGCCCGCAGUUCUCAGUGACUACGAAGGAUCUGUUUUCCGAAAAUGCCCCAAGCGUAUACAGUGCAUUCAGGGCAUGCUCAUUUCCAGGAAACCAAGUCUUUCUAGUUUUGAACGAGCUUGAAACGUUCCUGGAGGGUUUUCAUGCGUGGAAGAAAAACUCUAGAAUCAGUGGUUGGAUGAACGAGUACAAUUUUCGAAGGAAUUACUUUCAUAUCUCGGCUUGCCCCAAAGUUUGUAGGAAUCAAGUCAAGGAUCAAAGCAACGCGCUUCAACGUUUGAUUGACAAUUUGAAGGCAUCUUUCAAAGUCGUGUUCCCGAAUUUCGUUGUCGAAGAAUUCGUUGAGCUUAAGUUGAGAGAACCUGUGGAAUUUCUGGGUUCCUUGCGCGAACAAUUUCGCAAAGCUGACAAAAACGUGGACUGGCCUGACAGACCCUUUAGUCCCGAUCCAUCAUCUGAAAUGAGUCACAGUGUUCCUGUACCACCUCCUCUUCCAGUGUUGGAUAUUGGAGAGAGGAAGGUUUGUUCGCCAGUACCUAAACCCUUGGACCUUCGGGAUGAAGCUGCUAAAAUUGCGCAGAAGCUAUCUGAGGAAAAUACGAGUGAACCCAAUCGAGAACCCUUCAUCUACUUCGGUUCCAAAGUUGACAUCAUCACCCCUGUGCUACAACAAGGGCCGACUUGUGGCCUCGUGGCAGCAGAAAUGGCGAGCAAAAUGUUACUCACCUCAGGACAAUUAUCUGUGGAAGACCUCCUUGUUCAUUGCAUUCGAAAGAAAACGACCACCCAUGGCGAAAUGUUUUCUGCGGAUUGGCUAGGAUCAGCUGUUGCUGAUUUGAACCCGAAUUUGAGCUUCUCUGUAGAAAAUGCCAAUGAUUUUGAGUCGAUUUUCCUGCAUUUACAAGCGGGGAAUCCGAUUCUCAUUCCCUAUGAUACCGAUGCCAAUCAUCAGCCCGCGUUGAAACGGGGUCACAAGGCUCAUUGGGCAGUAGUUUUUGCUGCUGUGAUCAUCCCCGGGUCAUCUGAUGUAGUCCAUCAUAAACCAGAAAGGACAUGGUUAUUGGCCUUGCAUGGGAAAAGCUGCCACGUUCAGGUGUGGCAGUACGCCGAUUUUCUUGAAAGCAACCUCAAUUUGUCAGAAAUUAGCCCAGAAAAGGCUGACUAUUGUGUUCCUGACGCUUCUAGGAAAAUCGGUGGUACUUCGAUUCCGACGAUGAAAUUGUCAAAAUCGUUCUGCUUUCUUUGGGUUUCUGCUGAAACUGAUUUUCGGAGGCUGUUAGGAGUUAUGGAAAUACUCGAGACAACCCGUAGCCGGCCUAAAAUUGCGUACAAGGGCUAUCUUUACGUGAUGUACUCAGACAGGAGAAAGAAUAAGAAGAACCACAUCAUCUGGAAAUGCGAGAAAAACGACUGCAAAGGAAGAGCAACUACGCCCCUGGACUACGAAAAUCGAAUCGGUGAAGACGUCGUUGAAGUUCAACAAGAACAUUAUCAUCUGGCGGAUAAUGUGGAUUUGGAAGUUGCCGCUGUGAGAGGAGAAGUGAUGAAACGCGCAUUGAACAGCAGGGAACCUGUUGGCGAACUUCUUUCUGCUGUUUUGUCAAAAUUUAGUGUUACCCAACGUGCUUUAGCAGAAAUUACUGCCAGUAGCAGUGGCAUCAAAAAGGCAGCGCAACGUUUAAGGAGUAAACAUAACAUUAAAGUGGAAGUUAAGCCUUCAAUUAAAAAAGAAGGUGGAGAUGGUAAAAGAAAAUCGGCCCCACGUCCAAGGAGGAGAAAGAAGAAGAAGAGUGAGGAAAGCAGCACCUCAUCAUCACAACCUCUGCAAGCAACACUUAUCAAGAAGGAGGAAAUUAAGCUUGAGCGUCCAACUCCAACACUCAGAUUCACCUGGGGCAAGGCCAGAGUGGAAAGGAAGAGUUUGUUCGGAAUGUGA